AUGACAUCCCUACCAAUAUUUCCUUCGUUCGAUACCGAAUGCGACAAAAGUAACGCUGGCCCAAGAUGGGAUCGGUGGAUAGGGCGUUUAGAGAAUCUGCUCGUGGCCCUGGACAUUACGGACGAGGAUGAAAAUGAUAGAAAAAGAGCACUCCUGCUUCACUAUGCAGGUGAACGUGUGUAUGACAUAUAUGAGGCAGAAAAAGGAGAAACCGAGCCGUCAUAUGGAGCCACCAAACAGGUGCUCACGACAUACUUCAAACCCAAGAAAAAUCAACAAAUGGAAUUAUACACCUUCAGAAGCUAUAAACAGUCAGAAUCGCAAACUCUUGACGAGUAUGUCACCGAAUUACGACGACUAGCGAAGGAUUGUGGAUUUGCAGACACGAAUAAGGAGAUUCUGUCACAGGUCAUCCAGCACUGUAAGUCCAACAGACUCCGGAGAAGGGCACUCCGCGAGCCUGACAAAGACUUAAAUGGAAUUCUAACACUCGGUAGAACACUAGAGUUAUCCGAUGUCCAAGCUACAGCAAUGGAACGGGACCAAAGUGCGAGUGUUAACGCGGUUGGUCGUGCACAGUCCGAACACAAACCGUUUAAAAGAAAACAACACAGAUCGUCCAACUUCAAGCGUGGUACACCCAAACAAGGUGAGUCCGAUAAAAAGUGUAUGAAAUGUGGAGGAUCAUACCCUCACCAUGGAGACUGUCCCGCUAAAGGCCAGACUUGUCAUUCAUGUGGUAAAAGUAACCACUAUAUGAAAAUGUGUCGAUCCCGUGUCAACAAGCCUACUCACAAGGGCCAGAAUCGAAAUGUGAAAGCUGUUCAACAGGACACUGGCCAUGGUCAAUCGGUUAGUUAUGAUGCCCGAUACCAAGAUGGCGAGACGGACGACGAUGACCGUUACUGUUAUGGAAUAAAGGAGACUUUGACAAAUUCCGAACAGGUGAGAUUUGUAAACGAGGCUCCCAACUUCACUCUAAAAGUGAACAACAGACCACUGAGAGUAUUGUUAGACAGCGGUUCCUCAGUCAAUAUACUUGACGAAACAGCAUACGAGUGUAUGGGUAGGCCGCCUAUCACCCGUGCUAGUAACAGGCUGAUACCGUACGGUGGUGGUAAACCGUUAUCAGUCCUGGGAAAGUGUGAUCUUGGUGUAGAAACGAACAAACAGUUUGACACUUUGACAUUCUAUGUUGUGAAGGGACAUAGGUACGGAUCCAUCCUAGGGUAUCCAUCAGCCCGUAAUCUGUCACUGAUCCAUGUUUGUGCUUCCAACGAGUACUGUGAUAUACCCCCUGGCUUCUCUAAGUGGUACAGUGGAGGAGCAGACGACAGCCAAGUCGCGCGCGCUUGCCGCCACAGACCAAGUAUAGUGGUGAUGCGCAGUUCUACGGAGCAGCAGUUAAAGUAG